CCGCUGCCCGCCCCGCCCGCUCCGCCGCCAUCGCGGCCCGGCCGCCGCUCCCCGCCUGCUCCCUCCCUCGGCCGCGGGCAGGAGGGGCCGCCCGGGGCCUGGCGGCCGCGGAGAGAUGAGCAGCAGCAGCAAUAAGAGGGCCCCCACCACAGCCACGCAGAGGCUGAAGCAGGAUUACCUGAGGAUCAAAAAGGAUCCAGUGCCUUACAUCUGUGCUGAGCCCCUGCCCUCCAACAUCCUGGAAUGGCACUACGUGGUGCGAGGGCCCGAGCUGACCCCAUAUGAAGGUGGAUAUUACCACGGAAAAUUAAUAUUCCCUCGAGAAUUCCCUUUCAAACCCCCCAGUAUUUAUAUGAUCACCCCCAAUGGAAGGUUCAAGUGCAACACAAGGUUGUGUCUGUCCAUCACGGAUUUCCACCCGGACACCUGGAACCCGGCCUGGUCGGUGUCCACCAUCCUGACGGGGCUGCUCAGCUUCAUGGUGGAGAAGGGGCCCACCCUGGGCAGCAUCGAGACCUCCGAGUUCACCAAAAGGCAGCUGGCUGCACAGAGCUUAGCGUUUAACUUAAAGGAUAAAGUCUUCUGUGAGCUCUUCCCUGAGGUGGUGGAGGAGAUGAAGCAGAAGCAGAAAGCCCAGGACGAGCUGAGCUCCAGACCCCCCUCCCUGCCCCUGCCCGACGUGGUGCCCGACGGGGACGCGCACCUGGGGCACAACGGGCACCCGCUGCUGCACGGGCACGGGGCCCUGGCGCCCGGGCACGCCGGGGGGCUGCAGCAGCCCCCCCGGAACCACGGACUCUUGGGGGGAGCCCUGGCGAACUUGUUUGUCAUCGUGGGCUUCGCCGCCUUCGCCUACACAGUCAAGUACGUGCUGAGGAGCAUAGCCCAGGAGUGAAGUCCUGCCAGACCAAGUUCUAGUGGGGUUUGGGGUGCUCGGGGCUCUGCGGGGGGAUUUUGGGGCUUGGCCCUGCCUGGGGCUCUUCGGGGAACCGUUUUGGUUUGUAGAGUUCUCCUCCAUCCGUGGUUUGAGCAGUGAAGAUCUUCAGAACAUUUUGACUCCGUUGGGUUUUCAACUCAGGAUGAGUGAACUCUGUGGAAUGGGACUUUUGGGAUUGCACAAUUGGGGUGGAAGAUUUGGGGUUUUUGCCCUGCCUGGGUCAUGUUGGAAUUUUGGGUUGGGAAGCCCAAGCAUUGUGGGGGAGCCACGUUGGUUUGUAGAGUUCUCCUCCAGCUGUGGUUGAACAUUGAAGAUCUUCAGCAAAUUUUUAUUCUCUUGAGUUUUCAUUCAGGAUGAGUGGGGCCCUUAGGAAUGGCACUCUUGGGGUGGAAGAUUUGGGGUUUUUGCCCUGCCUGGGUCGUGUUGGAAUUUUGGGUUGGGAAGCCCAGGCAUUGUGGGGGAGCCACGUUGGUUUGUAGAGUUCUCCUCCAGCUGUGGUUGAACAUUGAAGAUCUUCAGCAAAUUUUGACUCUGUUGAGUUUUCAUUCAGGAUGAGUGGGGCCCUUUGGGAUGGGACAAUUGGGGUGGAAGAUUUGGGGUUUUUGCCCUUCCUGAGUUCUCAGGAGGUUUUGGGUUUUGCUGCUGGUGAGAAGUCAAAUUUGUUGGUUUUAUUGUCCCAAAAAUUGGUUUUAUUGUCCCAAAAAUGGGAUUUAUUGUCCCAAAAAUUGGUUUUAUUGUCCCAAAAAUGGGAUUUAUUGUCCCUAAAAUGGGGUUUUGAGUCCCAAAAAUGGGUGUUUGUGUCCCAAAAAUGGUUUUUUUAGUCCCAAAAAUGGGGGUUUGUGUCCCAAAAAUUGGUUUUAUUGUCCCUAAAAUGGGGGUUUGAGUCCCAAAAAUGGUUUCAUUGUCCCAAAAUUCAGCUUUUUGGGCUCUGGUUGGAGGGAGCAGCACCUGGGGAGGGAAAAAUUCCAAUUUUGGGGUGGGAAUAACAAAGGAGCUCCUGCAGAGGGUCAGAGGUCAGACCCCAAAUUUGGCUCCAUUUAAUUCAAGUUUUGCUUCAAUUCUUCUUAAAACCCCAAAAUUCCUUUGGAAUUCCAGAAAUAUUUUGCCCCAAAUCCCAAAAUUCCUUUGGGAUUCAUCUCCUGAACUAAAAAUUUAAAUUUUAUUCAAUUCUUUAAAACCCCAACCCCAUUUUUUGUUGUUUUUCCCUAAAAAUUGGUUGCAUUUAAACCCCAAAAUUCCAAUUUUUUGGGAAUUUCUUGGAUUUGGAGGAAGUUUUGUGGGAUCCCUGUGGAUUCCACGAUUUGGGAUUGAAUUUUUAUUCCCAUUUUUUUGGGGGUUGUUUGGUGUUUUCCUGGGAAUUCAGCUUUUCCUUUUCCCCCAAAAAAACCCAGAAAAAUAAAAUUUCAACCUCUCCCUCAGGAUAAAAUCUUGGAAUAAACCCUUGAAAUCCCAGGCUGCAAUUCCAUGGAUUUCAAAGUUUGGGAAUUUUCCCACAGAAUCUUCAUUUUUAAUAAAAAUCCUGGAUUUUUUUUUUUAUUUUUCCCUUUUUCCUGAAGAUUCCAAGCUCAGAGGAUGGAAAGGCUGCGUUGUAAAGAGAUUUAUUCCUAAUAAAAAUCCAUCCAAAAUCGA